AUCAAAUGUGAUAGAGGUGUUCCAUGCGCAAAUUGUAUCAUAGCCAAGCGGACGUGUAAUGCUACCGGGCCGAACUCUGGAGGAGCACGGCAGAGGGUACUUAUCUCCUCUCAAUACGAACAGAAGAUCGACCGAAUUGAGGACCGUUUAGAUGGUAUCGAGCGCCUCCUCCAAGAUGUCAUCGCCUCAGUCCGACCACAGAGAUCCGAAGUCCCGAGUCUCUCGAGGAUGUCCUCACAGCAUGAAGUAGACAGUACAAUUAGACCGGAAGCCUCGACAGAGGAACCUGCCCUGCUAUUUGAAGGUGGUUCAUCCCUUACAGCACAUACCAACCUCGUGAGCAACCUGGUUAGUCAUACCGUCAACCAGACCAAUCUUCCAGAGCUCGACCGCGGGAUUCAAUCGGCGCUAUCGACUUUACGGCACAUAGUUGAUAGACAGUACAAGAAGGCCGUCGGUAAUGAAUUAGGGUUCUCGAAUCAGAAGCCGUUGCCGCGAGGCGGCUUGAGAGAAUUGCCGAUGCCUCCUUUGCAGGUUGUGCUGCAGCUACUACGGACCAUGAAAGAUGCUGGGCCAACAGUGCCGUGGACAUUACACUGCAUAUUUCUGCCAAUUCCAGCAUUUGCGGAGUACUGCCAACGGGUGUACUUCGCUACUGAAGACUUCGACCUAGGCACGUUCAUCGUAGUGAACGGUGGACUGUUCUAUGCGCUUGGCGGUAGGGGCCUCAUUCGAGAAGAAUUUGAUGAUCCGAACAUUAGAGCCGACUACUUUAAAUACCGAAACAUGUGCGCGGACAACUUGGUCGCGGCUUUAGGUAGCAUCAGCCUGUUCAUGCCCGCAAGCGUUGUGAAUAUUGAAGCAUUACUUCUAGGGACAAACUAUGCGAUUGAGGGUUCAAGACCGUCGCUUGCCUGGAAAAUGAGCAACAUAGCCGCUCAAAUGUGCCAAACUCUUGGCUAUCACCAAAUGCCAACAGCACAAGGGACACAGGUACACAUUCUAGAUCAGGAGCGACGUAUAGACGCAUUGCGCUACACAUAUAUCGUGAACAAAGCUUUAGCUUUGAGGUUAGGAAGGGCUUCAGCAUUUCAGGAUUAUGACAUCUCAGUGCCAAUUUACGGUCCCGGAAACCGCCAAGAAACUCUUUGGCAGAAGAUCGUAGCGGCCCGAGUCCGCCAUGCACGAGUGCAAGGCAAGAUCUACGAGCAGCUCUACAGCUCUAAAGCACUAGUUGCACCGCCGGAGCACAGAACAAGCCACGCCAUGGCUCUUGCGGAAAGCGUGAAGGCCAUGAUAGCUGACCUCGAACGCAUAAAGAUAGAGUUUGGGAAUUCCCAUGAUGCGGCCACCCAAGACAUGCCCACAAGAGAUGCGUCGAUACACAUAUUAGGGUCCCAGAUGAUCCAAUAUCAAUCGUCGCUCACUUUGAUUUACCGUGCGGUGCCGGAGAGUGGCCAUACGUCUAAUACCUUCGCCGACGAAUGCAACGAAGCAGCCCGUAUAGCCUUUCAACAUCAUAGGAGUUGUAUGGCACACGCAGUGUCUCCCGUAGCGCAGACAGGCUACGUACAUUGGACGCUGCUGUUCGCACCAUUCACGCCUUUGAUUGCCAUAUUCUGUCAUGCAAUCGAAAGGUUAGAUGAGGGCGAUCUGCGGGAACUAGAGAGCUUCAUCGUAUCACUGGAGCCAGUCUGCCCCCUGUCAGAAUCUACCGAACAGCUCCAUCGCCUUGCUCAGGCGCUGCACAAUAUCGCAUUUUUAUACAUCAAAGCCAAGAAGUCUCAGUUCGGGAUGCAAGACACCGUACCGAUGGAGCGCGACUUCGAGUCAUAUUUGACUCGCUUGGGCCUGAUGGUACCGGCGACUGGACACACUGGCUAUGAUAACGUCGCAACUGGUCCCCCGCAAAACCAGCCACUCGGGGGCUGGUUUGCUGGGAAUGUGACAAUGAUGGGAUUGCUAGAAGAGGACUUAGGAGACUUCUUCCCCUGA